AUGGAUCUCGAGAUCGCAAGGCCACUAACCCUCCCAUGCGGACUCACAAUUCCCAACCGCCUCGCAAAGGCGGCGCUGGCAGAGGCAUGGGGCGACAAGAAUCGGCUUCCUCACAAAGGUCUGGUAGAGACGUACGGCGCAUGGGCAGACGGCGGAUGGGGUUUGGUAAUGACGGGCAAUGUGCAGGUAGAUGCUGCAUACCUCGGCACGCACGACGACAACGCCGUCAACAGCGACAUUCCACGGGAGCAGCUCCUGAGGUCAUGGAAGGAAUGGGCUAGCACCUGCAACCGAGACGGCACACCGACAAUUGUCCAGCUGAACCACCCUGGCAGACAAUCAAUCCCCGGAGCUGGGUCCCACGGGUGGUUUGGAAAGACCAUGGCGCCCAGCGUGGUGCCAGUAAAGCUUGGCGACGGCCUCAUUGCCCGGUUUAUGAGCGCUCUCGUCUUUGGCAGCCCGAGAGAAAUGGACACGACCGACAUCCAGCACGUUGUGGGCCGUUUUGUCGAGGGAGCCAAACUCUCACACGAAGCAGGAUUCGCUGGGAUUGAGAUUCACGCGGCACACGGCUACCUAUUGGCGCAGUUUCUCAGCUCAAAAACGAACAAGAGGACCGACGCGUACGGUGGAUCGCCCAAGAAGCGUGCCAGAAUCGUCAUCGAGAUCCUGGAGGCCGUGAGGAAGGCUGUGCCCAAGGAUUUCUGCGUCGGCAUCAAGCUCAACAGCGUCGAUCACCAGAGUCAAAAGGAGCUUGAGGAGUGUGUCGAGCAACUGGAAGUUAUUGUUGCUGCUGGCAUUGACUUUCUGGAGAUUAGCGGCGGCACGUAUGAAAACCCAGAGAUGAUGGUUGGCAGAGCCAAUCCUCCCGUGUCAGAACGGACGGCAGCCCGCGAGGCCUUCUUUAUUGAAUUCGCCCACGCGAUUCGUGACAGAUUUGAGGGCGUGCCUCUGAUGGUGACGGGCGGUUUCCGAUCGCGGCAGGGCAUGGAGGCGGCCAUCAAGGACGGCGGCUGUGAUCUCGUUGGCAUCGGACGUCCCUCGAUUCUCAACCCCUUGCUCCCCAAGAACACCAUUUUCAACAAGGAGGUCAAAGACGAGGCAGCCAAGUUGUACGCCAAGAGUGUUGCGCCUUCCUGGCUGAGCAGCGUGCUGGGUAUGAGGUCGAUUGGUGGCGCGGCCGAAACUAUGGAGGUGGUUAGUAGUAUCCGCGGAUCUUCAACUGGAUAA